AUGGAGGGCAUCCUGGAGGAGAACCCAUCAAGCCAGGAUGACUCCCAACCGCGUCGUCCGGCCUCAGAACACCAGGAAGCCACAAACCAAGCAAGAGUAGCAAGUACUAUCCACCACACGAACGAACACGUCGUCACGGACCCGCGACAUCCCGAGAAAGCCAAGGACAAAGCGGCACAGAUCAUCCAAGAUCUCUGCCUCCGGGUCCAGGAACUUGAAGGCAAACUGACCAACAGAGAAAAACACGGCAACGAACACGGAAGCCAGGCAACUUCCAGAUCAAGGUCCCAUCGCGGCAGGUCGCCAACCCGACAACACGAUAAGAGAGAUGGUCGCAGCAUCUCACGUAACCACCGACACGAGAAGUCGCCGGAACGGCGAUACAACAAGAAACACCACCGCAGCGCCUCCCGUGAUCUAAGUCGUCAACACGAUUCAGACGAGGACCGGAGAUACCGAAACACCAAACGCACGAGAAACGACCACACCAUAAUGGGAGCUACACCCUUCACAGAAAGAAUCUUAAGAGCGAAACUCCCCAAGGGUUUCGACAAACCCACCGACAUGAAGUAUGAUGGAACGAAGGAUCCUCAGGAACAUCUAACGGCCUUCGAGGCCAGAAUGAACCUGGAAGGAGCAGCCGACGCAUUCCGGUGCAGAGCCUUCCCGGUAACCCUUGCCGGACCGGCGAUCAAAUGGUUCAACGCCCUCCCGAACGGAUCCAUAUCCAACUUCCACGACAUAGCACGAAAAUUUAUGGCCCAAUUCAUGACCAGAAUCACCAAAGCCAAACACCCCAUCAGCUUGUUAGGGGUCACACAAAAGCAAGAAGAAUCCACGAGGAAAUACCUCGACCGCUUCAACGAUGAAUGCCUAACGGUCAACGGACUCACGGACUCCGUUGCAAGCCUUUGCCUAACUAACGGGCUCAUGAAUGAAGAUUUUCGCAAGCACCUCACUACUAAACCAGUAUGGACCAUGCACGAAAUCCAGAACGUCGCCAAAGACUACAUCAACGACGAAGAGGUCAGCCAGGUCGUCGCUGCCAACAAGCGGCAGCACACCACCACCCAACACGGCAAUUCGGCUCCCCGUCAUAACCCAACACCCAAAGAAAAUCAACGGGACCACCCUAGGCCGGCCAACCGGCCACCGAGAAUAGGCAAAUUCUCUAAUUACACGCCCCUAACAGCACCAAUUACGGAGAUAUACCAUCAAAUAGCAGAUCGAGGCAUCAUCCCAAGAGCCCGACAACUCAAAGAAAGGACGGGAGGCAACAAAACUCUCUACUGUGACUACCACCGAGGUUACGGCCACAAAACACAAGAUUGUUUCGACCUCAAAGACGCUCUUGAACAGGCCAUACGAGACGCCAAACUCCCGGAAUUUGCCAAAAUCAUCAGAGAACCAAGACGCACGGAGAGAGACAAGUCGCCGAAAAGAGAAGGACGUAACCCGAGAACUCAAAAGCUACCCCCCAGGGAGAGCCCGGAGGAAGACCCGACCAUCAUAGUGAACGUCAUCACAGGCAAGGACGUAUCGAGCAAGUCAAAACUAACAAUGAAAAAAGAUCUCAAGGUAAUGGCCGUCAGAAACCAAGCCCCAAUCGCCGCGGCCGACAAUACGAUAACAUUCUUACCGGAGGACUGCCAACACGGCACCUCAGCCGAAGAUGCCCCCUUCGUCAUCUCAGCCAGAAUCGGAACAGGACUAGUACGAAGAAUACUGGUAGACACCGGUGCGGACUCCAACAUCCUUUUCCGAGGAGCCUUCGACAAGCUCGGGCUCCGCAAUGACAACCUCCAAACACACCUUCACGGCGUCACGGGACUCGGGGACAACUUUCUCAAACCAGAUGGCUCGAUUACCCUCCCCAUCACCAUAGGAACAUGCAAUCAGAAAAAGACAAUCCUAUCUGAAUUCGUAGUCCUAAAAGACUCCACAGCCUAUAACGUGAUCCUCGGAAGAAAAACAAUCAAUGACUUCUCUGCAGUCAUCUUCACCAAAUACCUCCUCAUGAAGUUCAGAACCGACGACGGCUCCGUCGGUACCAUUCACGGAGACCAAGAGGUCGCAGCCGAAUGCGACAACACCAGCCUAGCCCUAAGGAAAAAAUCCCGAGAUGCGGCCGGAAUAUUCCUAGCCGACCUAGAUGCGCGACAAGACGGCCAACCUAGGCCAGAACCAGAAGGAGACAUGGAAAAACUACAAAUAGGGCCAACCAAAGAGGAAUACACCUUCAUUAAUAGAAACCUCCCGUACGAUCUUAAAAAAGAACUCUCCCAACUCCUAAAACAGAACAGAGACCUGUUCGCAUUCACACCAGCCGAUAUGCCGGGAAUAAACCCCGACCUAAUGUCCCACCAUCUAGCCGUGGAUCCUCAAGCUAAGCCAGUGGCACAAAGGAGACGAAAAAUGUCACCAGACCGAGCCGCCGAAGUCAAAAAUCAAGUCAAAGUCCUACUCGAAGCCAACUUCAUCCGGGAACUCCCCUACACGACCUGGCUAGCCAACGUCGUACUAGUAAAGAAGUCUAACGAAAAAUGGCGAAUGUGCGUCGACUACACAGACCUCAACAAAGCUUUCCCGAAGGACGCCUUCCCCCUACCAAACAUCGACGGGUUAGUAGACGCAGCAUCCGGCCACCGAUACCUCAGCUUCAUGGACGCAUAUUCUGGCUACAACCAGAUCCCGAUGCACCGACCAGACGAAGAAAAAACAGCGUUCAUCACUCCGGACGGAACUUACUGCUACACAGUUAUGCUUUUCGGCUUGGAAAACGCUGGAGCCACCUAUCAAAGACUCGUUAACAACUAA